CAGGUCACCUUCUUCUCCUGGUUCCUCGCCCCGCCUUCGAUCGUCUCCAGCUUCGUCCUCCCACCCCCCUCCUCGUUGACUCCUUUGGACCCCUUAAGAUCCGCCUUCGAUCGAGAUAUCCUCUUCUCCCGACUGCCUAGAUUCACGGGCAAAAUUCUGAUCAAGUCACAAAAGGAUCCAUGUUAAGGAAGGGCUAUCUGGAAGCCUCCCUGCGGCUGCCGGCUCCGGGGCCCAAACUCAGCGAUGCUUCCACCGUGGAAGAAGCCCUCGUCGACAAAUCAGCCUACAUCGUCGACGAGCAGAACAACACCACGGCCUCUUCCCUCACCGGGGACGGCUGGGAGGUGCAGGUGACCUUCUUCCUCGCCCGCCCGCCGCGGGUUUCCCAUUUCUGCAUAUCCUGCACCAACAACACGCCCACCGUGUUCAGUUCCGAGCCUAAGCUGGUCGCGACCGAGGGUAACCUCGCACUGAUUGUCUCGUCGCACGGCCUUAACCCCGCCAAGGAUGACUACUUCGUCUACCAGGCUGCGUCCGUUGUUGGCGGAUCCUCGCCGCCGACGCUGCAGCGUAUCCCGCAUCCUGAACCAGGCCUGUUCCUUCACCAUGGCUCAUACUAUUUCCACGACCAGGAGGUUGGUUUCCUGCGCUACCGCACCAACCGCCCCAACGACAGCCCCAAUCCCUGCCGCCACAGCGGCGGCGACGGCUUCGACGCCUUCAAGAUCGCCGCACUCCAUGAUCUUCGCCGAAAGAGCCGGUACAAUCUCUACACCUACGACUCUCAGACCAACACCUGGGACCGCAAGGCUGUUGUCUUUGCGGACCAGCAGUAUGACGAGGACAAACUUGCAGCACAUCAUUGCCUGAAGGUGAUCACCAUCGGAGGGGAUGCUGGCACCAUGGGCUGGGUUGACCUUGGGCAUGGCAUCAUCCUCUGCGAUGUCUUAGGAGGGAAGGAGGACAGCUCCACCAGGCGGCUGGCUCGCUACAUACCGCUGCCGGACACGGAGCAAGUUGAGGAGGAAGAUAUUCUUUGUGGCCCUUCCCGGCGUUAUCGGACCGUUGAAGCAGUCCAUGGCCGCAUUGAGUAUGUCGAGGUGCAGAUGCACGUCAGGCCAGGCCCUCGCCCGAGGCGGCUUCAUGGCACCUACUUCUCAGCUGGCUGGACGAUUGUCAGGUGGAGCACGACGGCAGCAGCUGGCAGUUCUGGCUGGCACAUGCACUCUAAGCUCAGUUCUUCCGAUAUCACCGUCCCUGCGGACAUGGCAGCGAUGCUGCCUACGUUGCCAAAGGACAUUGAUGAUGACGCCACAACCUUGGAGAGGCUCCACGUUGGUCACCCCACAAUCAGCUUGGGUGAUGACAGUGACAUCGUCUACUUCAUGGCCAAGAUCGAUGAGAUGGAGAAGGAGGCAUGGGUGAUUGCUGUGAACACAAAGACGAAGGUGCUGCAAGGAGUGGCAGAAUUCACACCACGGAGUUUGUACAGCAUGGAGUUCACCUACAUGCCCACUACCAUUUCCAAGUAUCUUACUCCAGCUCGUACAGAGGUUGUUGACAUGUAAAGACCAGUGAUGUUGUUUUACGAUGGAUCCUCUGUAAAGAAGCUGCUUCCUGUGAGCCCUUUGACCAGAUAUGGCAGUGCAUCUGUAAAGAACCUUCAUAAUGCCCAAGUGGAACGAGGGGACAGAGAAUGGAAUACUUUUUUUUUUUCUUUCAACCUCCGGCAAGUAUUGCUGCACAAGUAGACAUUGCCUAGAAACAGUACGUGCUUCUUAGAUGCCUGUUUUUUGUCCAACUCCUGUGUACAAAACGGUACUGAAUUUGUUUUCCAGCCUUCCAGGCUGGCCCUUGAAAGAGGCAUUUGGAUAGCCGGUAAAUGCCCGAUGUUUAUGUCUUACUUUUUUCCUUGAUAAUAAUGACCUUUCGAAGAAUUUAUAUGCUCCCUUCCAGUUUGUUCA